GCUUCGUCUAUCCAUCAGAGAUGUCGAAGACUGUGGUGUUUGCCCUCCUUUUUCUGCUGGGUUUUAGCGAUGCAGGUCAAGAAUCAAUGGAAGCGUUAAACAUUGUCGAUCCAACUCCCACGCUCCUUCGAAGCUUGUCUCACUUUGAUGUCCCCGUUGCUGUGUCUGUGAAGGGAAGUGAUCUGUAUGAGGUUUCUUCUAGUGUUUUGAUGGCAGAAAACUGGGUCAGGACCAAUGUUCUGAACUACUUCCCUUCGACCAAAAUCACCACCAUUGUGGUGGGAACUGACGUUCUCUGCAGUAGAGAUCAUGAAGAGAAGUGGGAUUUGGUUCUGCCAUCUCUGAAGAACAUUCACCACUCUCUCGUCAGAUGGGGUUUGGAGAAAGAAAUCAAAAUGUCCGCUUCCUUUUCCGACGACUGUUUAAAUCCAUAUUCCAACUCGUUUAGAGAUGACUUAGCCGUGAAGGUUAUCAGUCCUCUGUUAGGCUUUUUUCGGAACUCCAACUCAAUUUACUGUGCCAAACCAUCUUUAGAUUUCUCUCCCUCGUCAUCUGAAGCCAUAAACUUGGUUUCUGCUCACUAUGAAUCCAUCAAGAAGCUUGGGUUGUUUGGAACUUUCCAGGUAACUGGGAUCAAUGUGGUCCUCUGUACCCAAAAAAAACAGAAACCCAAAAGCAGGAAGCUUUCCUUCAUGAGUUCCAAUGUUGUAGAACCUUACCCUGCAAGGCCAACCCCAUUGCCACCAAUCCGUUCUUCCAUCGGUUUGUCUAUCCCUGCAAAUGUGGCUAAAAGCCCACUAUCCCCAUUCCGGGGAAUCGCACCUCCAUCGUCGUUUUCCCACACAAAGGCAUCUCCACCAUCGCUGUCCUUCUCAUUCCCACCAGAAGGGUCUCCAGUGGUCAUCCCUUCGAACCCACCUGAUGCUCUCACGUUGCCCCCAUGUGGUGCGAUGGACAUGGGAGCGCCGGCGCCGGAAACAGGGGAGGAAAGGGGGCUUUGGUGUGUGGCUAAGCCUAGUGUUCCUGCAGAUACAUUGCAGGAGGCCAUAAACUAUGCUUGUGGGGAAGGUGGUGCGGACUGUGAGGAGAUUAAGCCUCAUGGAAGCUGUUAUUCCCCCGAUACGAUUAUUGCUCAUGCAUCUUAUGCUUUCAAUAGCUACUGGCAGAAGAACAAGAGAAAUGGAGGGACUUGCAGUUUUGGAGGAACUGCCAUGAUCAUUAAUGCGGACCCAAGUUUUCUGCAAUGUCGGUUCAUCCUCAGCUGAGAUGAGAUGGGGAGACAUUUUAGAAGAAAUUUUUGCGGCAAUUUAUUCAGGGAAGGUAGGUUGCUUUUCCUUUUUCUUCUUUAUGCCUUGUAAUCUCCUUUUAGGAUUUACCGACCAAA